AUGAUACAUAUUCCAUUGGAAAUCUCUCUCUCUCUCUCUCUCUCUCUCUCUCUCUCUAUCUAUCUAUCUAUCUAUCUAUCAGCAGAUGAUAAGAAAUCCGAAGAUAUAUAUACCUCAAAUAUCAUUUUAUUGUAUUCUUUCUUUCUUUUUUCUGAUUGUUUUUUCACUUUCUUUUUACACUUAUCGCUUUUCUUCCUUAUUUUCCUUAGGAACUUCUUUCAUUUUUCUGUCAUAUAUGUUUUGUUUCCUUUUUCCGUCUUUUCAUCUUUUAUUUUUUCUUCUCGUCGUCUUUCUGUUCAUGAUAACAUUUCAUUUAUUCAUGUUGAUGAUUUUCAUUUUUCUGAUUUUUAUUUCUUUUUCAUUCGUUUUUAUUUUUUCAUCUCUAUAUUUAUUGUUUAUUUAUUUAUUUUUCUGUUCACUUCUUUUCCCAUUUUAUUCAUUCAUAUUUUUUUUCUUUUCAUUCUUCCUUUAUUUACUGUAACUGUUUCCGAACAAAAUACUUCAUACUUUUCGGACAUUACUUGA